UUGCACCACCGGAAGUAGUGUGCUGCAGUUGUCAGAGCAGCGGGGGCAGAAGCGAGAGGAUAUAGGUUCGGUUCUAGAGGCACCACGGCAUUCCCCGAGGUAGGCGGACGCUGCGACUUGCGGUCGUGCAGACUUUUGCGCGGUCCGGACUCCCGCUCACAACGGCCUGGAGGGAAAACGCUGGCCUCCGGGAUGCGCCUGAACGCCAGAGGAUAAUAGUUUAGAGGGCCAAGAUGUUGUCCAACUUGAGGAUAUUUGCAGUGAAUCAUAAGAAAAUAUCCAGCUUGCCCAUUUGUAAUAUGUAUUGCUCUAGAAUGAGAGCAAGUUUAAAACGAAUAAAGCCACUUGUGGCUCUUGGAAGAAGUUACAGUUCCCUGCCAGGUUUAAUAGGAAAUGAUAUCAAAUCUCUUCGUUCCAUCAUCAAUCCUCCUAUAGCUAAAAUCCGUAAUAUUGGAAUUAUGGCUCAUAUUGAUGCAGGCAAAACUACCACCACAGAAAGAAUAUUGUACUAUUCUGGAUACACAAGAUCACUGGGAGAUGUUGAUGAUGGAGACACAGUGACAGAUUUCAUGGCUCAAGAGCGAGAAAGAGGCAUUACUAUUCAAUCAGCUGCUGUUACGUUUGAUUGGAAGGGGUACAGAGUCAAUCUAAUUGAUACACCAGGUCAUGUGGACUUUACCUUGGAGGUUGAGCGCUGCCUGAGGGUGCUCGAUGGUGCAGUGGCUGUGUUUGAUGCCUCUGCCGGUGUAGAGGCACAAACCCUCACAGUAUGGAGGCAGGCUGAUAAACACAAAAUACCUCGAAUCUGUUUUUUAAACAAGAUGGACAAAACUGGAGCAAGUUUUAACUAUGCAGUUGAAAGCAUCAGAGAGAAGUUGAAGGCAACUUUGCUUUUACAGUUACCAAUUGGUGAAGCCAAAACUUUCAAAGGAGUGGUGGAUGUAGUAAAUAAAGAAAAACUUCUUUGGAAUCCCAAUUCAGAUGAUGGAAAAGACUUUGAGAGAAAACCCCUCUUGGAAAAGAGUGAUCCUAAAUUGCUGAAGGAGGCUACUGAAGCAAGGAAUGCCUUAAUUGAACAAGUUGCAGAUUUGGAUGAUGAAUUUGCUGACUUGGUUUUAGGAGAAUUUAGUGAAAAUUUUGAUUUGCUCCCAGCUGAAAAGCUACAGACUGCAAUACACAGAGUAACACUUGCUCAGACAGCAGUACCUGUGCUUUGUGGAAGUGCCCUGAAAAACAAAGGGGUCCAACCCUUGUUAGAUGCUAUUACUAUGUACUUGCCUUCACCUGAAGAGCGCAACUAUGAAUUUCUGCAGUGGUAUAAGGGUGACUUAUGUGCACUGGCGUUUAAAGUUCUCCACGACAAGCAGCGGGGACCGCUGGUGUUCAUGCGCAUUUACUCAGGCAUGAUAAAACCCCAGUUGGCCGUCCAUAAUAUUAAUGGAAACUGCACGGAGAGAAUAAGUCGUCUGCUUUUGCCAUUUGCUGACCAACAUGUAGAAAUCCCUUCACUGACUGCUGGUAACAUUGCUUUGACUGUUGGACUUAAACAUACGGCCACUGGAGAUACCAUUGUCUCAUCCAAGUCCAGCGCACUAGCUGCAACUCGUCGAGCUGAAAGGGAGGGAGAAAAGAAGCAGAGACACAACAGUGAAACAGAGAGACUUUUAUUGGCUGGGGUGGAGAUUCCAGAACCUGUUUUCUUCUGUACCAUAGAACCCCCUUCGGUAGCUAAGCAGCCAGAUUUGGAUCAUGCAUUGAAAUGCCUUCAACGUGAAGAUCCCAGUUUAAAAGUGAGGCUUGAUCCUGACUCUGGACAGACUGUCUUAUGUGGAAUGGGGGAGUUACAUAUUGAUAUUAUUCAUGACCGAAUCAAGAGGGAAUAUGGACUGGAAACCUAUCUAGGGCCUCUUCAGGUGGCAUACCGAGAGACCAUACUAAAUUCAGUUCGUGCUACAGAUACCUUAGAUAGAACUUUAGGAGAUAAACGGCACCUUGUGACUGUUGAACUGGAAGCAAAGCCAACUGAAACAUCAUCUGUUGUGCCAGUUACCGAGUAUGCUGCAAGUAUUAGUGAAGACAUUUUGAAGGGCUCCCAAGAGGCCAUUGAAAAUGGAAUUCAUAGUGCAUGCCUCCAAGGACCAUUGCUUGGAUCCCCAAUUCAAGAUGUGGCAAUUACUUUACAUUCACUGAUGAUUCAUCCUGGUACCUCCUCAACUAUGAUUUCUGCCUGUGUCUCAAGAUGUGUACAGAAGGCUCUGAAGACGGCUGAUAAGCAAAUUUUGGAGCCCUUGAUGAACCUGGAGGUCACUGUGACUAGAGAUCACCUCAGCGCUGUCCUGGCAGAUCUGGCACAGAGAAGAGGGAGCAUCCAGGAGAUCCAGACUCGUCAGGACAACAGAGUUGUUGUUGGGUUUGUUCCCUUAGCAGAGACCAUGGGUUAUUCAACUGUGCUUCGAACGCUAACAUCAGGCUCAGCUACGUUUACCUUAGAACUCUCUAAUUACCAAGCCAUGAAUCCUCAAGACCAAAGUACGCUGCUCAACCGAAGAAGUGGCUUGACCUAAGUGCUUCGAGGUCCUUGGGGAGAAGUUCAGGAGCACCUACCUAUUCGUUUUUAGUAAGAACAAUUUUUAUUGCUUUACUUAUUGGACAAAUUACUGUUUCAGUACAUUCUUGAAGUGACUGAAAAAUCUCAGUUAAAACUGACAGUGGCAUCAUAGCUUCCAUUCUACUUUAUGUCAUGAGAAAUGUGCUUUGAUGUUGAGAGUUAAUGUACCUGAACUAUACCGA